AUGCCGAGGGGGGGAGUAUGGGGCAGAGGUACUGCGGCGCAAUUAUUAUUCUUCCCCCCCCUUCUCCGAAAAGCGAAGAGACAAGAGCGCAAGGCUCAAGAGAAGAGUCAAGAGGAUCCUGGAGCUCCUUUCUUGAAGAACGACAAGCUACCACCAGCGUUUUCUCGUUUUCAAGUUAUUUACCCAUGGAUUAAACUGAAUUCUAUAAACAAGGUUGUAUGCAAAGUAUGCACAGGAGCAGUUGAGAAAAGAAUGCCGUUGCCAAAUACAACAAACUGCCAGUCUUCUAAAGAAGCUUUUGUAGAAAAAGGAUUCGAUAGUUGCAAAAACCCUUCAAGAUUAAAAAGUCACGAGAGCGGUGAAUUCCAUCGACAAGCAAGCCUAUUACUAGAACUGACAAAGAAGAAAAAUGUUGUCGAGCAUUUAUCCAGUGCAAAAUUGAUUGAAAUGAGAGAUAAUCGGAUAGCAUUAGAGAAAAUUUUCUCAACUAUUUUAGUACUGGCUCGUCAAGGCUUGGCAUUGCGGGGGAAUGAAAACGACGAAAAUUCACAUUUCAAGCAACUCUUGAACAUGCGCGCAGAAGACGUGCCUGAAUUAAAAAGGUGGUUAAAUCGAAGCAGUUACACUUUCACAUCACAUCAAAUUGUGGAUGAAAUUCUUACUAUGAUGGCUGAUACAGUGGUCAGACAAUUGCUUCAAGAAAUUAAAGCUGCUCGACACUUUUCAAUAUUAAUCGACGAAACUGCAGAUAUAUCUCGAUCAGAACAGGUUUCCGUAUGUUUCAGAAUAGCUUCUGACGAUUUGAAAUCAUCAGAAAUUUUUCUAGGAUUUUAUAAAGCGGAAAAUACAAUGGCAGAGACAUUAUUUAAAAUCGUUCAAGACGUAUUCGCGCGGUACGAUUUAGAUUUCGAAAAAUUACGAGGACAGUGCUAUGAUGGGGCAACUAAUAUGAGUGGUCAAUUAACUGGACUACAGACUCGAAUCAGAGAAUUAGAACCUCGAGCACUUUUUGUGCACUGCAAUGCACACAACUUAAGUCUAGUCGUCCAAGACGGCAUUGAAAAUGUAUUACCUAUCAAAAAUUUUGUAGGGAUUGUUAGAGAGUUGAUCAACUUCAUUCGAGACUCACCAAGAAGGCUCUCAACGUUUAAAAAUUUGCAAUCAGAUAACAGUCCCGAUCUGUCACCGUUUUGCCCUACGAGGUGGUGCAUGAGGAUUAAGUCACUGAAAACGAUUUACGAGAACUACGAAUCGGUAGUAAAGUUCUGCGAGGAUAUGAUGAAAGAUCCUAAACUUAACCAUUCAGCAUCAGCAAAAGUGGCAGG